UACGGCAAACUGACGUUAUAUACUCCAUUGUUAUUAUUAUCAGUCUCUUUCUUUCAUGAAGCUUUGAACUCAGACCAUCAAUGGCUUCCAGUGGAAUUCCAAAUCCGAAUCCAAAUCCGAAUCAACAAAAUCAUUUUGAUAUGAACAAAUUAUUUAAACCCACAAAUCUAGCACCAAUUCAAUCUUCUCCGCAAAACCCUACAACUAUGGCUGCUCCAUUAACUCCAUCAGCAUCAUACCCACCACCAACUGCUUCACCAUAUCCAUUUCCUCCACAAAACCACCCACCUCCGCCAUUACCGUAUUACAAUCAAAUUCCUUCUCAAGAUUUACACCAUCAAAGAUCUGUUUCUUUCCCAACACCGCCGCUUCAACCUCACAAUCCAACUCCAGGUGCUCGAUUAAUGGCUUUGCUUAGUAACCCUCCUUCGGAUCUUAAUUACUCUCAUCAAAACGCAACUCAAUCGAGUUCUUCUGAUUUUUCAAUGGCGUCCAAUGUUCAGCCUACUCCAAUUCGUAUGCCCAGUAGGAAGCUUCCAAGGGGACGUCAUAUAGUGGGUAAUCAUAUGGUUUAUGAUAUUGAUACGAGGGUUCAAGGUGAGGAGCAGCCUCAAUUGGAGGUUACUCCAAUUACUAAGUAUGUAUCUGAUCCUGGCCUCAUUCUUGGACACCAAGUUGCAGUCAACAAAACCUAUAUUUGCUAUGGUCUUAAGAUGGGAAAUAUUCGUGUACUUAACAUUAAUACUGCCUUGAGGUCUCUCCUACGAGGUCAUACCCAGAGAGUUACAGACAUGGCCUUCUUUGCAGAGGAUGUUCCUUUAUUAGCUAGUGCUAGCAUUGAGGGAAGAGUUUACGUAUGGAAUAUUUCUGAAGGUCCAGACGAGGAAGAAAAGCCACAAAUUUCUGGACAUAUUGUGCUUGCUAUUCAUAUAACUGGGGAUGAAGGAUUUGUUCAUCCACGAGUUUGCUGGCAUUGUCACAAACAAGAAAUACUUGUUGUAGCCGUAGGAAAAAGUGUGCUCAGAAUUGAUUCUACCAAAGUCCACAAGGGUGUUGAGUUUUCUGCUGAGGAACCUUCUGUAUGUCCUUUGGAUAAGCUAAUUAAUGGGGUUCAGCUUGUUGGUAAACAUGAAGGGGAAGUUACUGAUUUAUCAAUGUGCCAGUGGAUGACAACUCGUUUGGUUUCUGCUUCAAAAGAUGGAACGAUUAAGAUUUGGGAAGAUCGUAAGGCACAACCACUUUUGGUAUUGAGGCCCCAUGAUGGUCAUCCUGUUGAUGCAGCCAAGUUUCUGGCUGCCCCACAUCGUCCAGACCACAUCAUGCUUAUUACAGCUGGGCCACUUAACCGAGAGGUGAAGCUUUGGGCUUCAGCUGAUGAAGAAGGAUGGCUGUUGCCCAGUGAUUCUGAAUCUUGGAGGUGCAUACAAACACUAGAGUUGAAGAGUUCUGUUGAGUCUCAAAACGAGGAAGCAUUUUUCAAUCAGGUUGUAGCUCUCUCACAUGGAGGACUUUUGUUACUCGCAAAUGCGAAGAAGAAUGCUAUAUAUGUAAUUCACUUAGAAUAUGGUGCUAACCCAGCUGUAACGCGAAUGGAUUAUUUAGCUGAGUUUACUGUUACUAUGCCUAUUUUGAGCUUUACUGGGACAAGCGAUGUAUUACCACAUGGAGAACAUCUUGUUCAGGUUUAUUGUGUCCAGACACAAGCCAUACAGCAGUAUGCUUUGGACCUCUCACAAUGCCUACCACCGCCAUUGGAUAACUUGAGAUUAGAGACGUCAGAGUCAACUGAUUCUCGUGACGCUGCUGAAGGAACUCCUGCUUUAAAGCCAUCUGGAAGUAAAUCUUUUGAAGUUCCCUUUUCUGCAGCCAAACCAAGUAUCAGUUGCGUUGGCAGCUCAUCUGAGAUUAAGGGUCCUGUGAGCGCCACUUCUGAUACAACCUCCAUUCAGGAAAUUACUGCUUCAAAUGUGGAUUCCAAUUCUGUUUCGUUGUUAUCUGCAUCUAGCAACGCUGAUGUGGCCUCUGUUCCAUCUCCUACUCUUCCUCUUAGUCCAAGGUUGACGAAAAAACUCAGUGAUCUCCGUAGUGUUCAAGCCCCUACUGAUUAUCCUGUUGAUGGGGAGUUUGAUAUUGCACAAACAAGUUCGUCAGCCUUGCCUUCUUCUAAUUUUGAUAAAAAAGCUAUACAAGGGAAUGGUUCUGAUAUAGUCAAUCCGCCUGUCACAUUUAAACACCCGACUCAUCUUGUUACACCUUUUGAGAUUAUGGCUACUUCAUCACCUGAUUCAACCCGUGUUUCUGAAAAAAGUGACAAUGAUGCUAAAAUUCAAGAUGUUUUUAAUAAUGACGCUGGAAAUGUUGAAGUGGACGUUAAAGUUGUGGGUGAAACUGGGUUUGCUAGUAAUGAUGAGUCUACUCGUACAGCAGAUUCUCAAGUCAUAACAGACAGGAAGGAGAAAUCCUUCUUUUCUCAGGCGUCUGAUCUUGGGGUUGAUAUGAGUCGAGAGUAUUGUGCAUUACCAUCUGAAACAUCUAUUAUGGAAGAAGCUAGAAAUAGCAUUAUGGAGGCUCUAGCACAACCAUCAAAUUCUGUCUCGACGAGUGUGCGACAGUCUUCUACAACUGUUGCCAAAGCGAAGAAGCAUAAAGGGAAAAAUUCUCAAGUAUCUGGUUCAUUGUCUCCUUCACAUAGUUUCUCAAAUUCCACAGAACUGUUGCAGCCUGUUUCAGGUCCUAGUGUGCCAUUAAUGGAGCCUAAUAAUUCACAGAUGCUGGCUAUGUACGAAACUCUUAAUCAGAUAUUAAUUACACAAAAAGAAAUGCAGAAGCAGAUGAGUACAGUGGUAGCUGCACCAGUUGCCAAAGAGGGCAAAAGACUGGAGGCAGCUCUAGGACGUAGCAUAGAGAAGAAUUCCAAGGCAAAUACUGAUGCUUUAUUGGCACGUAUACUGGAAGAAAAUGCUAAACUCGAAAAGUCAUUACGAGAACGUACGACACAAAUUCCUGGUCUUAUAAGUAACAUUGUAAACAAGGAGCUGCCUGCUGUGCUUGAGAAAACAUUGAAAAAAGAAUUGGCUGCUGUUGGAACAAAUGUAGCUCGUGCAUUAGCUCCGGCUGUAGAGAAAAGUAUUUCUUCCUCUAUCACGGAUUCCUUUCAGAGAGGAGUUGGUGACAAGGCAGCGAGUCAACUGGAAAAGUCUGUAACAUCAAAACUUGAAACUACUGUUGCUAGGCAAAUCCAAGUGCAGUUUCAGACUUCUGGUAAACAAGCACUUCAGGAUGGGUUGAGGUCUUGUUUAGAGGCUUCUAUUAUCCCUGCUUUUGAGAUGUCCUGCAAAGCAAUGUUUGAGCAAGUUAAUUCUGCAUUCCAGAAGGGAAUGGCUGAACAUACGACUACAGCAACACAUCAGAUAGAAUCAACGAAUUCCCAGUUAGCUCUUGCCCUGAGGGAUGCUCUAAAUUCAGCAUCAUCUCUUGCUCAAACUUUGAAUGGAGAAUUGGCUGAUAAUCAGAGGAAGCUAUUAGCUCUAGCAGCUGCUGGAGCGAAUUCGAACUCUGGAAAUUCAUUGAUUACCCAAUUGAGCAAUGGUCCUUUGGCGGGUCUGCAUGAGAAGGUUGAACAGCCGUUCGAUCCAACAAAAGAAUUAUCUAGGCUAGUUUCUGAACACAAGUAUGAGGAGGCAUUCACUGCAGCUUUGCAAAGAAGCGAUGUAUCUAUUGUCUCCUGGCUAUGUUCACAGGUUGACCUGCAGCGACUGUUGUCAACAAUUCCUCUGCCUUUGAGCCAAGGGGUUUUACUGUCUCUUCUGCAGCAGCUCGCUUGUGAUAUAUCAAAAGAUACAACUAGAAAGCUGGUGUGGAUGACUGAUGUUGCUACUUGCAUAAACCCGCAUGAUCCGAUGAUCGUAGUGCAUGUGCGUCCGAUUUUGGAGCAGGUUUACCAGAUAUUAAAUCAUCAACGAAGCCUCCUUAACAACUCGUUUGUAGAGUUGUCGAGCAUCCGUGUGGUCAUGCAUAUCGUUAACUCCAUGUUGUUGACCCUUAAAUGAUCCAUGAUCAUGACUAUGUAUAGAAGUCGUUUUUGUCACCCUUGAGAGCUGGAAACUUGUAAAUCGAGAUGUAUGUCUUGAUUGAAUUAAUUUCAACUCUCAUAUACAUGCUGUAGAAGAAUGAACUUGUUCUAUGCUGCUGAAUCAUUGCUGAUUAAGGCUAUUAUGCAAGUGUAGAGAAGCAAAUUAGAAUGGAUAUGAACACCGCCCCGAUUUUCAAAACAAGUGUAGAUUUCAGACUCAUUAUCUCCUCAUGACCAUAAUAUACAAGACAAAUUUUGUUCUGUUUUACUCUUGUUUGCUAUGUUUUUGAGUUGUUUUUUAACAUGUAUUUACGGCCCGUUUGGUAGUUAGUAAUAAACGGUAGUAAUGAGAAUGAAAAACUAUCUCAUUUUCUUCAUAAAAUUUAUUCUAAUGCAUUACCAUUGAGAUAGGUGGUAUUAGGCAGUAAUUGAAAUUUGUAAACAAAAAAACUUUGUGAUCAAAAUUUUAUUAUUAUGGAAAUGAUAUGAAACUUUUGA